AUGGAACCUCCAAAGGCCAAAAUCACCCAUAAGAAACGUGGCAACAUCUACUUUGCCGGUACAUGCUUGGUUUCUGGACCAUUUGAAAUCAAAGACAAUGAAAUGUUUGGAGCAGAGGGCGGGAACAAAGCGAUGAAGGCCAGUGUGGAAAAAAAGAAGGGAAUAAAAACGAAGAUUAAUGCUCUUCAGGAUUCACUGUUUAUGAAGCGGAACUCAAGGCUGGGAAAGAAACCACCGCACAGCACUAUAAAGUAUCAGCACAUAAAGCACUACUAUCAGUAUGCUCAAGAGGAAAAUAUUGUCAUUUUGGCACUGCAACAGCCAAAAAUGCGGAAGCAGUACAUCGCCCUGAAGUUUGAGGAUGCAGCCACGACCGCAAAGUUUUGUGACAUUGUCCAGUACGCAUCAGUUGCACCCAGUCACAACCUGAAAAAUGCUGCUCCAAUGCCAGAACCUCCUGUUGUGAUGGCGUCCGGUCGUCAAAGCGCGCAAAGUCCGUCGGCACCAGCGAGUGUGAUUGAAGAAACAGCUGUUUCACCACCCAGAGCAUUAACGCCCUCCCGGCCAACAGAAAACCAAAUGAUACUGGCCUCGAACAAUUUUCAUCCCCUCUCUGUGCUCACAAAGAAUGGAACAGCGGAAAAUUCUCUAAAUGACAUGUGUAGUAUCUGUGGUGCCGUUGGAGAAGGUGGUCCCAUGGAAUUAAAAGUACUUCGAGUUGACGUAGAUGGACAACCAAAGAUAUCACCAGAUGGUGCAGUCUAUAUGUAUAGCAGCACUAAACGGCUCACGCCGGAGGAUUCAGAAAAUGUCAGCGGUUAUCAAAGAAGACCUUCUCAAAUUCAUCCUUCUCAAACUCAAUCUUCUCAAAGUCAACCUUCUCAUCAUCGUCAUCGACAUCAUCGCAAUGAUGAUGAUUACAAAAAGAACAAGGAAGAAACGGAAUACAAAUUUCAGUUCUUGAGGUUAGACAAUAGCAGUAGCAGCAGUGACAGUGAGGAUUCAAUCAGUGGAGGGCCAAGGAGCGGUGGCACAUUUAACAUACGACAUAUCUGA